GAAUAAAUGUGCUUUCACAGGCCUGUCUGUUUGGGCCCUGUGGCAGGGCUUUUGUUUUCAGGCAGCCGUAUUGGCGUAGUUCAUCCGCCUAGCUGUGACAGAUCAGGAAAUGCUUGGGAGUGAUGUAGUAAUGAAAUACAGUGCACAGCCAUCCGACAGCACAAUAACCUGUUCAUCCACGAGAAGAGGCAGAAACUGCUCUGCACCGGCGCAGAUUGCAGCUGGCCAUAGCUGAAGGUGUGUCAGCAAUGCAGACAGAGCGCGUGCUGUGGGAGCUGGGAAAACUGGAACUUCAUUCGUGUUAGGCAAGGCCUGCAAUACAGAGUGAAGAUCAAAAGAGUGAAGAUUUCACAUUCACAAGAGAAUGUAAAGACAUGAAACUUAUCACAUUAAUCACACUCAUACACAAUCAGUGAUGGACAAGCCUGACUGAAGAAGGACUCCAAGGGGACUGCAUGUAAAGCUGAUGUCAGUUUUAAUAUCGGGAGGGAUUCCUACUUUUCUCAACAGAACUGUCUCCUCUGUAAUCGGCAGUGAUGGGUAACAAGACAGUGCAGCUCCUGGGAUUCUUCUUGGCUCUUCUGGGAUUGACAGGGACCCUGGUUGCUAUUGUUCUGCCUCAUUGGCGUCAUACGGCCUAUUUUACCUCCAACCUCAUCACUGCCACAUCUUAUAUGAAAGGUCUGUGGAUGGAGUGUGUCACCCACACCACUGGUAUCUACCAGUGUGAGCUCCAUCGGUCCAUGCUUUCUCUGCCCCUAGACCUGCAGGCUGCCAGGGCUCUCAUGGUGCUCUCCUCUGCCAUCUCCAUCAUGGCCACUGUCAUCUCUGUCUUUGGGAUGACGUGCACCCGCUGUCUGCAGCACUCCCCUGCCAAGGUCACUCUCGCUGUUAGUGGGGGCAUGUGUUUUAUCUCUGCUGGAGUCCUCUGCCUUAUUACAGCAUCCUGGGCAGCCAGUGAUGUAAUCCGAGAUGCAUAUGACCCAUUCUCCACCAGUGGAAUGAAGUAUCAGGUUGGCCUCUGUGUGUACAUUGGUUUUGCCUCUGCUAUUUUCAGCAUUUUUGGUGGUGGAGUGCUCAGUGCAGCUUGUUGGGAUAAAACAGAUUCUUCUUCCUACAAGUGUCCCUCCCACCUGCCCCCACAUCGCCAAGCGCACACAGCUUGUGAAAGCUGCUAUUCAGCAGAGCAGAAGUCUUCCUCUACCAUCAGAGGCAAGGCAGGUAACGAUGUGUCUUCCUCUAACACUGGAGGCAAGGCAGGUAACGACGUGUUUUCCUCUGCCAUCGGAGCCAGGGCAGAUAAUGAUGUGUCUUCCUCUAACGCUGGAAACCAGCCCAGUAACGAAGUGUCUUCCUCUGCCAUCGGAGGCCAACCCAGUAACGACGUUUGAAUGACAUGUAAGUGAAGAUGGACAGGGACACUGAAAAGGAGAAAAGAACUUUGGUCUGUUUUAAUUUUUCAAUGUAUUUGUUUUUGGAAUUUUGAGUUUCCAACUUUCAGUCCUUGCUUUCACACAAAUCAAGGACUGAUGGUCAAAUCUCAUCACAAAACUAUAGAUGUUAUUCUGAUUCUGAACUGUAUGAAGACCACUUUCAUACUUUAUAAUAACAGCAAGAGAGAACCUACAAACUCUUUUCUCUUACUAUGAUAAUAUUUUGUAUACAAAAAAGAAACUAAAGCACUUUUUACACUAAAGAAAAUGCAUCUUUAACACAUUUUAGGAGAGGAAAAACACAGGACAGAUAAUGAUUUAGCAAGAAUGUCUGUAGUUUUCCUGAAAGACUGAGUGUUGGUGCUCCUGCUACUGUCUGCAGAAAUGCCUGACCUUUGAUGUGUUGCUGGGUGACAACACAGGGCUACAGAUUUCAUUUGAAAGACAAGUUGCUGCUGAUGUCUUUCUGUGAGGUCAGCGGCAUAAACCUGCCUAUUAUCUACUUAAUUUACCUGCUUGUUGGCAUCUCCAAAAGACUGUGUGCAGGCAUGUACAGAUAUUUAUUUUUUAUUUUUUAAUAUUUAGGUAAUCCAUUACUGCUAUCAGUUUGAUUAAUGAUAUGGCCAUGUCAAUAAAUGUUAAUAAAUGUUAAUAAAGGAUAUGGAAGUCA